AGCAUUCUCUGCCAUGUCUCUGUGGUCUCUGCUCAGCCGCCCUGUCUGGGGUCUUGGCUUUGUCCUCCUCAUUCUGGUCCCUCUGCUUAGACUAGGUGUGCAGAUCUGGUAUAAGAUCCAUCUUUGGGACCUCCAAGGCUGCUCCACAGAUCUGACUGGGAAGACAGCGGUGGUGACUGGGGCCAAUAGUGGCAUUGGGAAGGUUGUGUCCCAGGAGCUGGCUCGUCGCGGAGCACGUGUGAUCCUGGCCUGCCGUAGCCAUGAGCGUGGACAGGGAGCCCUGACUGAGAUACAAGCAGCCACCAGGAGCAACCGCCUCCUGCUUGGUGGGGUGGACCUGAGCUCUAUGGCCUCCAUCCGGACCUUUGUUCAGUGGCUUCUGCGGGAGUCUCCUGAGAUACAUCUACUGGUUAACAAUGCUGGUGUCUCUGGAUUCCCCAGGACACUUACCCCGGAGGGCCUUGAUCUCACCUUUGCCACCAACUACAUUGGGCCUUUUCUGCUAACAAAUCUGCUCCAAGGGGCCCUACAACGGGCAGGGUCAGCCCGAGUAGUGAAUGUGUCUUCCUUCCGGCAAGCACAUGGGUACAUUGAUGAGGAACAUCUAAUAGGGGCUGGUGGACCUUUGACCUUCAACCAGAACUAUGACUGCAGCAAACUGCUUUUGGCAUUAUUCACUGAGAGGCUUGCCCAGAGACUUCAAGGGACAGGUGUGACCGUGAACUCUGUGAGCCCAGGUAUUGUGUAUACGGGGAUCAUGAAGAAUUUCCCUUGGUUGUAUCGCUUCCUCUUCUGGCUCCUCAGCAUCUUCUUCAAGAAUAGCAAACAAGGCGCGAUCCCAGUCCUCUACCUGUGCUUGGCAAAGGAGUUGGAUGGUGUUUCUGGAAAAUAUUUUAGCAGUUCCUGUGUGAUAACUCUUCCCCCUAAAGCUGCUCGGGAUCCUCAUGUGGCCCAAAGCCUCUGGAAUACCACGGUCCGACUGACAAAUCUAGACAAGAUGGACUGAUCGUCUUUGACCCCUGCCCCAACUUGCCACCCUCCCCUGACCCCAGAACCUUGCUCUGAUUUUGCCUUCCAUUUGCCACCUGCAAGGAUCAAUCUCCUUGUCCCGAAUAAUGAUCACUUCCUCUUCCUCAUGGUUCAGGGGCAUGAGAGCUCAGAUUAGCCAGGGUACCGUUUCAACUUCCACUUUUUUGCCAGUUCUCUGACAGAAGGAUUCACGCCUUAGGCACUAGGAUCACCAGACUUACUGAGUCCCAUGUUAGGGUGACAGGGAGUAAAACUCCUUUCUGUGGGUCUUAGGGAGACUGGUAAGAGGGGAGACUUCCACAUGUGCCUCUUGGUUCCUGGUUUUGGGGGACAGGGCCAUCUAGUCUUGUCUGGAUUCUUGUAGGACAGCACCCCAACUUCACAGGGUGUUUUCUCCCAGCUACAGGUAGCUGUUCUGUCUUUCACUCAAACUGCUCUUCUUGGGUGCCCGUCAUUCAAUGAGGCCAGUGAGUUCUGAGAGUAGAGCCUUCUUACGCUUUUC